GUUUACCAAGUUGGAGCACAAACCCAUGGCGCUGCCGCUGCUACGGAACAGCAUUCCUAUGGUCUCGCUGGCCGUGUCAGUCGCUGCGUUGUACACGAGCGCCGUGUCCUCGCAUGUGAGACCCGGCUUCCCCCGUGUGGCCAUGCUACUCCCGGUGGGCGUCCUCUUCAUGGCGGUCCCAUUGGCUUUCUCAUCCGCCGUCCUACGGUGCAGUGCCUUCUUGUUCCUCACAUGGCUCGGAGCGUUCAAGGUCCUUCUCCUGGCCAUGGACCGUGGGCCGCUAAACCCCAGCCUACCCGUUCUCCACUUCCUCUUGGCUGUAGCUCUCCCCGUGGAGCUCAUCACAGCAAGCGACGGCAGCCGUCGUCCCGACAAAGACAAGCCGUUGCUGGCGGCGGCGUCUAUCAUUUCGUGCACGUUCAAGGUGGUCACCGUAGCCGCCAUGGCCCAUUUCUACUGGUUCUUCGACAGGUUGCAUCUCUACGUGCGCCUCGCGCUGUACGGGGUCCGGUUCUGGUUCUCCAUAGAGGUCCUCUUCGCCUGUGCCGCGGCCGGCUGCAGCGCGGCGCUGGAUGUGGAGGUGAAGCCCCAGUUCGUCCAGCCGUACCUUGCGACGUCGCUGCGCGACUUCUGGGGCCGGCGGUGGAACCUCCCGGUGUCCGCCGUCCUCCGGGCGGCAGUGUACAACCCACUGCGCGCGCGGGCGGGGAAGGAGGCCGGCCUCCUGGCCACGUUUCUCGUGUCUGGGCUGAUGCACGAGGCCCUGCUCUGCUACUCCACCCUGCAGCGCCCCACCGGAAAGAUGGCCGCCUUCUUCCUUCUCCACGGCGCAUGCCGCGUGGCCGAGGACUGGUGCGCGCGCCGCUGGCCGCCACCGCCCCGGCCUCUGGCCACGUUGCUCUUCGUGGCAUUUAUGACUACGUCGUUUUGCCUUGUCUUCGCACCUCUUUGUUGCGAUGGAUGGGAGGAGAUGCUGCAUUCUUACCGCAGUCCCAAUAGCAGAAACUAGACAUAAUUUUUAUAGCGAAGCCAAUCCCAAUAAUACAAUCUAGGUAUAGUUUUUAUAGCGGGCUACGUCAAUAAAAAAUUAUCUAUAAAAACUAUACAGGAGAUUUCUUUGCCUAAUAAAU